AAGCUGGUCCCCGUUUAUCCUACUUUAUUCUAUUCCGGAAAUAGUACUGUACAUUCACACGAUAGUAAAGUGCUGAGGCUAGAUCGCACCACGAUACCUUUAAUUCCUCUCUUCUUCUUUCCUUCUUAAAAGCGGCUCCGUUCGUUCAUUUAUACCAUUCCUUCUCUGCUUCAUACAGCACACCAACAAACCACCUAAUAUCACUCACGUACCCCAGAACAGCCCCUCAAAACAUUAAACGCCUUGGCCCUUGGGGAAAGCAGGAAAAUGCUACCAAACGCCCUCCUCCUCCUAGCCAUCACCGCCCUCUCAUCCACCCUCGCGGUGCUAGCCCCCUGCUCUUUCAACUCAAACAGGACUAUUCCCGAGAUGUCGACACAACAGCUCCUCGCAGCGGCACCCGGGAUCUGCACAACAGUAACAAAAGAAUGCCAUCCGGCGCCGGAAGCUGUCAAGGAAAUCAACACUGCAUUCGCACACUACGGCCUUACAUCACUCGGACAGAAAGCGGCUCUACUAGGAGCAAUGACAGUAGAGAGUGAAGACUUCAUCUACAACGUCAACAAAUUCCCCGGGCGGCCCGGCCAAGGAAGUGUGAUACCCCCCCCCCCCUUCUUCUCGUUGGAAUCACAGCUAACUAGCAACAGCCAAAGCAAUGUUAAUGUUCCCACACAUCUACUACUAUGCAUUCUCGCAACCAGCCCUAACAGCAGAGGUCCUGAGGAUUAGCGGUGGGGUGGACCGAAACGUGACUUUCGGCAACAUGAAUAGAACCUCCGCCGCGGAUCAGAUGGCCAUCCGUGAACUGGUCUUACCGGAGAAGUAUACUUAUGCCGCUGCGCCGUGGUAUCUGAAGAAUAGGUGCCAGGCUUCUAUGACAGCGAGGUUAGCUGAGGGUGGGUUUGAGGGGUUUAAGGAGUAUGUCGGGGCCUGUAUAUGGGCAGGGAAUGUCACGACUGAAAGGUUGGGGAAGUGGUGCUCUGCGGUCAGAGCUCUGAAGCCGGUGGAGAUGAGGAUGCCGGGGGAGUGUAAACCCUGUAGUUAGGGAGAGGGGUUUGUAGAGAGGUGAAGGGGAAAGGGUAGGGUGAUAGGCUUUAGCGAACCGUUCGCGUUAAUCAUAGAUUUCGUGAGAAUAAUACUACAUAAAUCUCAGCAGAAUAUAACCGUCUAUGGGG